AUGACAACCUUUACUUGCUUCGGCGUACUGCCUCUAGAACUACGAGUCCAGAUUUGGAAGGAAGCCCUCUCCACGCCGGCUGUCCUAGCUGUGACUCUCACUCGAACCUUAGAAUACGUCACCUCCACUUACACGUCUAAACUCUCUUUCAACAUGGCCUACAUUGGACCGAAGCCGUAUUUAGCAGGCCUCUCCUGCAAGGAAGCCCGGCGCAUGCUGGAACAAUCCUGCGGCAGCCCCAUUCGCGGACUUCGCGGACCGGAGGCCAACCCCAAGAGCACUCCUGGCCUUUGCUGGGUCGAUUUCGACUCGACGGUCAUCUACCUAGGCCCCGACAAGGACGCAGAGACCUACAUGCUUGUUAUUGGCGACGGUGAUUUUGAUGCCGCGGUUGAAUCAUUGCGCAAUGCAGGCUUUCGGGAUGCUCCUUGGUCAUAUUAUUCUGUAGUGGACCCUCAAUCUUUGGAGGACGAGGAGAUGAAAGGAAUGCACCAGGAUGGUGGCCUCCAGUACCGCAAUCUCGACGAAAACUCUAUGCGUUUCCAGUUUCCUUUGGAAAGUAAGGUCAAGAUAAGAGCUGUUCUACUGAGAUCGUCGUAUACCCACCUUAGUCUUCUUGAUACGCCGGAUCACAGGUUUGCCAAGACUGGGAACAUAUAUUAUCCUGACAAGGACCUCCUUGUUGAGAGCUUUGCUAAGACAGCAGUAAGGGAGCCUUCGAUGAAUAUGUGGACGGGCGACCUUGAGGCGUGGGCGAUAUCAUACGCCUACGGCUGGCUUGAGAUCAACGACACGGCGCUGGAUUCGAUCUCUGACGAGGCGGCUAAAGCGUGGUUUAACGAACGAAUCUUAAGGGAUAAAGGGGGGCUCGACAGAACUACAGUCACGAAGAGGGUCGGAAAGAAAUACAAUACAUCCGGAGAGGUAAAUAUGUCCUGA